UUGCUAGCGAUCUCCUUGUGAAACGGAUUGGGAUGGAGGGUUCGGGUUCCGGGGGAGACAAGUACCGGUCUUUCCUGACCGGCGAAGGAGAGAAGAACACCAGGUGGAAAUUCGGCGGCCCCCCGAACUUCGACGUCGUCAACAAGCUGUUCGAAGAAGGCCGGACUAAGAUAUGGCCACCAGGUUCCUUAGAAGAAAAAGUGCAGAACCUCGUGAAGACUUGGGAAAUGGAGAUGUUCCACAAAGCAAGCCCAGAUGACUACAAAACAGUUGACCCCCAAAACCUCACUUUGAGCCUAAAUGGAAGGAAAGCCCAGAGCUUGGCAGAUGUGGGCAAGAUUGGAGGGGGCUACAACUUCUUCCUGCAGUCUGCUCUACCGAAGAACCUGCGGUUCUACAAUCCGGAGGACGAGACCUCAAACUCGGCCCUUGCAGCCUUCACGACUACGUUCCCACGUGGCUUUGCAGUGGAAGUCCUCCAGGUUUAUUCAGGACCGCCCGUGAUCGUUUACAAGUUCAGGCACUGGGGUUACAUGGAAGGCCCCUUCAAAGGCCAUGCCCCAACGGGUGAAAUGGUUGAAUUUUUCGGGAUCGGGAUAAUCGAGCUCGACGAGAAUGAGAAGAUUGUGAAGGCGGAGUUCUUCUUCGACCGUGGCGAACUCCUCGGAGGUCUAAUGAGAGGAGCCAUAUCGGGAAGUUCUGGUGAAGAAGCUUCAGCCACAAGCUGCCCUUUCAUGAGGAACACUGGUUGACCAAAACAUGAAAACAGGGGAAAAUGUCAUGUGUCGUCCCUGUCGUUGCUUCCUGAGAAGCACAGUCUGUUUCCUCCUCGAUGUAUUGUUCAUCUAUUUCGAACGUUUAUCAUCAUCU